AUGCGGUCCACCGCUGUGAACCUGGCCGAGGGAGUCUUGCUCGUGGCCGUGGUUGUGUCCCUCGUGUGCCUGUUGCUCCGUUGGCUGUGGCACCUGUCGUUCCGCAACCGCGACGAUGACAACCGUGAGUAUCGGGACAUGGGGCAUUAUGAUGGUGCACAUGUACAUCGUGGUGGAGGUGAUCACUUGGAACCCGGGGGAGAGGAAUCGGCGGCAGACUUUCGUGACGCCCGUCCUGACGGCCAUCGACCUGUUUCUCCUGGACGUGCUGCCCGCCCUGCGCAGACGGUGGUCCAUCACCAUGGUGCACGUGGUGUCCUUCGCGUUAAUGUUCUUCGUUUUCGCGGGACUGGUGUGCUUGGAUUGGUACGUCAUCCAACGCUCGAUGCGCCGCCGGCUGCCGCAGCGCAUGCGAGACACCAACUUCUAAGCAAGGUAAUGUGGCCAGGGAUUCCAGGGGUGCUUAGGCGUGCUCUUAUGAGAUCGCACGGCGAUAAAGCAUCACGUCGGGUAAGGGAGAAUGGAGGAAUGAGAAGAGAACACCCGAACAUCGGUAACGACAAUCGACCAGGCAGUUUCCUGUGCACGUUCGUGCUAAGGAAGAAUAUUCACAACAUUGAAUGAUAACUCUUCCAGAUUGUGUUGAACAGUAAAAAAACAUUCAUGACCAUCUCUAAAACGUUUAAACUUCGACAUUGCCAGGCUAUUUUUAUUUCCAAGGUUGAAGUACUUUUUGACAGGGGUGCAGUCAUAUUCAUGACUAGAACAUGAACACAUGAACAAGCAGUAUUAUGAAAAAAACUGUUUAAAACACAAUUCAAUUUUCAAAGAACUUAAUUUAGAUACUAAAAAUAAUUAGUUUAAUUUCGUUAAAAUCUAAAAUAUUUUUCUUCAUUUUUGUUAAUAAUACUCAGUUUCUUCUGGACGCCAGAAAAAUGACUGAUAUAUGGUAGAAACGUAUUUAGACCUUGAAAAUAAAAAUAACAUAAUAUAUCGUAGUUGAUUUGCUUUGGUGAACUUUAAUCUUUGGAAACGUUAAACAACUCACACUAUUCACAUUUUUAUGUGUAUGAAUGUAUGCAUGCUACCAUUGUGAAACACUCACGUAUUAGAAAUCUGUCGCUAACAGUUUUUGGAAAUGUGUAUAAUUGAAAAUGUUUGUCCUUAAAGCCCGUAACUGUCCUAUUUAUUGUAUUUAACAAUUUUUAAUGUAAAUUGAAAUAAUUUGUAUGUUAUAUUAACUUACAAUGUAUCCACUUAUUUAAACUUUAGGAAGCUCUCAAUAUUAAAAAUUUUGUGAUAUGCUCUAAAAGUACAUGAACGUGUUUACCUUUUGAAAUAGCAUGCAUUUCUGCUCAAAGUCAAUUAUUGUGUAUGGUAAUUGUAACAGGGAAUAUAGCUGCAGUUCGAAGAUAACAAGAAACUGAGAUGAAAUGAAAAGAGAUGAACUGAGAUUAGAAAUGAAAUGCGACGUGAUGUACACAAUGUAAAUUUUAGAUAUGAAAUAAAAUCCAGUCCGAACUAGAA